AAGCAGGAAGCGUCAGACGUUGCGCCCUAGCCCUAGCCUGGUCUCACUCCCACCGGCCUCGCCCCACUCCUCUGAUCUAUUGACCUAUAGUUCCUGGACCACCCAGCCCGCCCGGAGAUGCUGCAACCAGCUCUGGAGCCCCGAGGGGGCUUCUCCUUCGAAAACUGCCAGAGAAACGCAUCCUUAGAACGCCUGCUCCCGGAGCUCCGGGCCCCUCAUGCACGCAAGACCGGGACUACCAUCGCGGGCCUUGUUUUCCGGGACGGGGUCAUCCUGGGCGCGGACACGAGGGCCACUAACGACUCGGUCGUGGCAGACAAGAACUGCGAGAAGAUCCACUUCAUCGCCCCCAAAAUCUACUGCUGUGGGGCUGGAGUUGCCGCAGACACCCAGAUGACCACGCGGAUGGCGGCGUCCAACAUGGAACUACACGCGCUGUCUACGGGCCGCGAGCCCCGCGUGGCCACGGUCACCCGCGUUCUGCGCCAGACGCUCUUUCGGUACCGCGGUCACGUGGGCGCGUCGUUGAUCGUGGGGGGUGUAGACGUUAAAGGACCGCAGCUUUACAGCGUGCAUCCACAUGGAUCCUACAGUCGUCUGCCCUUCGCGGCCCUGGGCUCCGGCCAGGACGCGGCCAUGGCAAUGCUGGAGGACCGGUUCCAGCCGAAUAUGACGACCGGGCAGGUACCACUUUGCUCCUGGGACCACGCCUGUCCUGACCCAGAUGGUAAGGCCACUGACCCUGGAGCUUCUGGAGGAAACCGUUCAGGCCAUGGAGGUGGAGUGAAGAGUGUCUUUUCUCUCAAGCUCAGCCUGAAGCUCAAUAACAGAUGGGCUUCAGAAGCCAAAGGCUUGCCAGUGGGAGCCCCAAGGCCUGGAGGCUGUCACAGAUUUGAUGGCUGUUGCCCUUCUAGCCACAACUUCAGUCCAGUGAGUCUGCCAGUCACUGAGGGCUCACACCUUGCCGAUCUAUACUCCAGGCCCCUCGCAAGCAUCAUCCCAUCAAGAGUGUGGACUCUGGAGCCAGACAGAUGAAGCUUUGGGCCCAACCCCACCAUAUCCUGGUGGGAGUCACAAUCUCUGAGCAUCUUGUGAGAGUGAAAAUAACUGUGAUGAUGUCUGUUAGGAUUCACAACCUGCCGGAACC